UCAGCAGGCACUGAGCAAUGGGGAAGGAUCAGGCACAGCUACGUCACGUGAUGUGUGCUAUUUAAUUGGAGUUAGGUGCACUUCAUGAGCAAUCAGUGGGAGCGGAUCAGAGACCCUGGGAACCCGGCGCGGAAAGUUGGAAUACAUCCACUAUGGCUCCGUUUGAGAAAGCCCAGCACCCCAAGCCUUUCAAACAGAGGAAAAGCUUCGCAACCCGGAAACAGGAGGUGGCAGGAAUCAGGACCAAAUUUCCAACCAAAGUGCCGGUGAUUAUCGAACGAUAUCAUCGUGAAAAAUACCUUCCACUGCUGGACAAAACAAAGUUUCUUGUUCCCCAAGAGCUUACCAUGACGCAGUUUGUCACCAUCAUCAGAAACCGGAUGACCCUCAUGCCAAGUCAGGCUUUCUACCUGCUGAUCAACAACGCGGGCAUCGCCAGCAUGUCUCUCACUAUGGCACAGGUGUACAAGGACCACAAGGAUGAGGACGGAUUUCUCUACAUGACCUAUGCCUCUCAAGAAAUGUUCGGACACUGUGAAAGUGUGCAUCAGCUCACAAGGUGAUGACUGGAAAUGUUGUGUGGGGAUGGGGGGGGGUUUGUGUUUAAAAAAACAAACAAACAAAAAAAACUGUAGGUGAAACACUUUAAGAAUGCUUGUACAUAAUAAUGAUUGAAUUUUGUUUUUGUUGUAUAGUUUUAAAAAUUCUGCAGUUUGCCUUUGUGUAUGUCCUGGGGAAUGUGUUUUAAUUAACAACGUAAUAAAUUUGUAUCUGUCAUUCUUGCGUCGGUCACUAGAGUGCAGCUUUGUGUCAAACUGGAUCUCCAACCACACGGCUUUGGUCAUUUUUUUUCAAGCCGUGUGGGCCUUUCUUUUUAAAUCGAAAAGUACAGAAAUGACCGUGCCCAUAUUAAAUGUACUUUGAUGGCUGAAUAUGCAUAAAGAAACAUCUGAAACAUUCCCAUAUCUUCAAUAAGUGGAAAAUAUACCUUAUCUUAAUUAUGACUCUUGAUGGCUAGCUUAGACCACUGACCAGUUAACUGUUAAAUGAGCUUGAAUCUGUCAAACAAUAAGUAAUAUAUACUUGUGAUAAGGUAAGA